GCCGUGUUCUGACGCAACGUGGAGUUGUUUACUACUUCUGACAGUCCUCUCGGCUUAAAAACGGAUGUAAUUCCCAAACCCAGCAUCUUCCCUUUGGUAUUUGGACUGUGUGCCCAGAAGGAGAAAUGGGGAAGCCAAAGAAAAAGAGUGAUCUGAGCCGAGCUGAGCUGAUGAUGAUGACCAUCGCUGAUGUCAUCAAGCAGCUGGUUGAAGCCCAUGAGGAGGGCAAAGACAUCAACCUCAACAAAGUGAAGACUAAGACUUCAGCUAAAUAUGGACUGGAAGCUCAGCCUCGACUGGUAGACAUCAUCGCUGCUGUUCCACCACAGUACCGCCGAGCUCUGGUGCCCAAACUGAAGGCCAAACCCAUCCGCACUGCCAGUGGAAUUGCAGUGGUAGCUGUGAUGUGCAAACCACAUCGAUGUCCACACAUCACCUUCACAGGAAAUAUCUGUGUCUACUGUCCUGGUGGACCUGACUCUGACUUUGAGUACUCCACACAGUCCUACACUGGCUAUGAGCCAACGUCCAUGAGAGCAAUCCGAGCGCGUUAUGACCCCUACCUUCAGACCAGACAUCGGGUGGAGCAGCUGAAGCAGCUGGGUCACAGCGUGGAUAAAGUGGAGUUCAUAGUGAUGGGCGGGACCUUCAUGGCGCUGCCUGAGGAGUACAGAGACUACUUUAUCAGGAACCUGCACGACGCCCUGUCAGGACACACCUCCAACAAUGUGGCCGAGGCCGUCAGGUACUCUGAGCGCAGUAACACCAAGUGUGUGGGAAUCACCAUCGAGACGCGGCCGGACUACUGCCUGAAGCGACACCUCAGCGACAUGCUGGGCUACGGCUGCACCCGGCUGGAGAUAGGAGUCCAGAGCGUGUAUGAAGACGUGGCCCGAGACACCAACAGAGGCCACACGGUGCGAGCUGUGUGCGAGUCUUUCCACCUCUCAAAGGACGCCGGGUUCAAAGUAGUGGCCCACAUGAUGCCAGAUCUGCCUAAUGUGGGCAUGGAGAGGGACGUGGAGCAGUUCAUUGAAUUUUUUGAGAAUCCAGCGUUCAGGCCCGAUGGUUUGAAGCUGUACCCGACUCUGGUGAUCCGAGGUACGGGUCUGUAUGAGCUGUGGAAGACGGGCCGGUACAAGAGCUACACACCCAGCGCCCUGGUGGACCUGGUGGCCCGAAUUCUGGCGCUGGUGCCACCAUGGACACGAGUCUACCGGGUGCAGAGGGACAUCCCCAUGCCGCUGGUGAGCUCCGGAGUGGAACACGGCAACCUGAGAGAGUUGGCACUGGCCCGGAUGAAAGACAUGGGCACUGAGUGUCGGGAUGUGAGGACCCGAGAAGUGGGCAUUCAGGAGAUCCACCACAAAGUCAGACCUUACCAGGUGGAGCUGGUGCGGAGGGACUAUGUGGCCAACGGUGGCUGGGAGACCUUCCUGUCUUACGAGGAUCCAGAGCAGGACAUCCUGAUUGGCCUGCUGCGUCUGCGUCGCUGCUCCCCGCAGUCCUUUCGUGCGGAGCUGAAAGGAGGCGUUUCCAUCGUCCGCGAGCUGCAUGUUUACGGCAGUGUCGUCCCCGUCAGCAGCCGAGACCCCAGCAAGUUCCAGCAUCAGGGUUUCGGCAUGAUGCUGAUGGAGGAGGCAGAGAGAAUUGCCAGAGAUGAACAUGGCUCCAGCAAACUGGCCGUUAUCUCAGGUGUAGGAACGAGGAACUACUACAGGAAGAUGGGAUAUGAGCUGGAGGGCCCGUACAUGGUGAAGGACCUGUAUGGACCUGAAAUAGACUGAAGCUGGACAAUGGGUUGUUGUUUUUUUUGGACAUCGGACACAGAAACACACAGUAUUGUAAUUAUCGAGACAAUAUUCUGAGGACAUGAUGGGCGCAGUAUAUGUAGUGGAACUUUUCUCAGCAUCAGAGGAGAUAGUGGUUUGGUUUUUCUGGCUGUCCCUGUUUUUUUUUUUUUUUUUAAAUCUGCGACACACCAGGGAACGCUGCUGCACCUCCACUCUCUGUAGAUAAGAAGACGCUGUUAGGAGAGAGUGUAAGGAGUAAAGUUUUGGAGGGUGAAGCCAGAGCAUCUUGUGAGUUAAGAUGCAAACAUUCUUUACUGCAGUAAAAUAAGAAGGCAUUUCAACCUGCUACUUUCCCUUAACCAGCACUGAAAAAUCACACACACACACACACACACACACACACACACACACACACACACACACACACUCUGUUAUAUCCUUGUACUUAAAUCUUUGUGAGGACCCUGAUUGAAAUAAUGCAUCCCCUAGCCCCUUACCCUUACCUUAACCAUCAUUACUAAAUGCCUAACCUCAACCCAAAUUGCAACCUGAACCCAAAAAAAAAAAUGUUAACCCUCAAACAAUCAUUUGAAGAAGUGAGGACCAGUCAAAAUGUCCUUUCCAAAGAUGUCCCCACUUUGCUGCGAAAAUACUUUUAUGGUCCUCACUAUGUGGAAUGUACAGGAAAGCACACACACACACACACACACACAGAAAGAAUAGCAAGUUUGUAUUUGUAGCUCGCCACAUUAAAACAAUUAGCACCAGCAGUGCCUUGUCACUGAGCGAGCAGUACUGAUUCUAAGAAAUGAGAACAGUCCUGCAGAGACUCAGAUGUGUCUGGUAAAGAAGCAUCUGAACGUCUGAGGACCCUUGAAAUGGUUUGCGUGUGUUCGCGGAGGAUUAGAAACGUGUUUAGCACCACGCUUUGAGUUAAUCGUGUUUAUGUUGCAAUUAAACGGAAAAGCCAUUCUGAGUCAAGCGUUCAUUACAGCUUGGCAGUGGAUGAAUGAACCAUGGGAAGCGUCCUUGCUGGGCAGCCAUCAUGUAAUUGCACAAUUUUGAUUUAUAGGGCAGGAAAUUGAAUAUUAGUGUUACAUAAAUUGCUUUUUAAAGCCCUGUAGUUAAUCCCAUUUCUUGUUUUUCUGUCAUGCAUUCUUGGCCUGUUUAUGUUUUGUGGUGAAUUCCAGAUGUUGGACACGUCACUUGACCAGUAAAGUCUAUUUCAGAUGCU